AGUUGGCAAACAGAGAUCAACUAGUUUACUAUCAACAGCUUAAAAACACCAACAAGCACAAAGAGCCAGAGUUUAAUAGUUAUUAGGUACUGACGUCGUGACGUCACUACGAAGAUGGAAGUGAGUGACCGCUAGCUAACAGUUAGCAGCAACGGGAGCGGGCUCUAAAGUUACCGAACAGUGUUUAAAAACCCGGAGAAACAACACAGAACUACCGGGACCGCGGCAGAGUGGACUCGGGUGUUUACGUGUCGUAUAGAAACGUGUCAUACGUACCGUGACAGAUAAAUUAACAACACGAUGGCGAAUCCUUUGAGGGCCGAAGUGGUUCGACUCUACAAAAACCUCCUGUACCUGGGGCGUGAGUACCCUAAAGGAGGCGACUACUUCAGGGACCGCCUGAGAGCGGCGUUCACCAAGAACAAAGGCGUGCAGGACCCGCAGCAGAUCAGGGAGCUGAUUGGUCGAGGAGAGUUUGUGUCCCAGGAGCUGGAGGCGCUCUACUACCUGAGGAAAUACAGAGCCAUGAAGAAGCGUUACUACGAGGAGUAGCCCCGCCUCCUGAUGAGCCACGAGAAGCCCCGCCCCCUGAUGUCUCAACAAUAACACGAUGGAUUCAGACAAAUGUGUUUAUUUAAAUUGAUACAACAGAAAAGAGCAGCAUGUUUAAUUGUUUCGUUCCCAAAAGAUCAAAUGAAAAAGAAUAAAAACAA